AUGGGGCUUUUAAGGAUCAUGAUGUCGCCCAAAAUCCAGCUUUUGGCCGUUUUGGCAUUUGGAGUUGCGAUGCUCCUAGUAGAAAAUCAGAUUCAGAGACUGGACGAAUCAACAGCCAAACUCGAACGCACCAUCGCCAGACACGAGGUGGCGGAAGUAGAACUGCGUCACAGCAAGGAUGAUGGGCUGCGAGAAUCACUGCCAAUGGCCGAAAACAAUGACAUGGUUAUCAUUUACAACAGAGUGCCCAAGACGGCCAGCACGUCCUUCACAAACAUUGCCUACGACCUGUGUGGAAGGAACAACUUCCACGUGCUACACAUCAACACAACCAAAAAUAACCCCGUCAUGUCUCUACAGGACCAGGUGCGCUUUGUCCGGAAUGUCACCACAUGGAGAGAGAUGAAGCCCAGCUUCUACCACGGCCACAUAGCUUAUCUGGACUUCUCCAAAUAUGGUGUGAAGGAUAAGCCGGUGUAUAUAAAUGUGGUGCGGGAUCCUAUAGAGCGCCUUGUGUCUUAUUACUACUUCCUGCGCUUUGGAGAUGACUACAGACCAGGCCUUCGGCGAAGAAAACAAGGGGACAAAAAGACCUUUGAUGAGUGUGUGUCAUCAGGAGGGUCUGACUGUGCACCUGAGAAACUCUGGCUGCAGAUCCCCUUCUUCUGUGGCCACCAUUCAGAGUGUUGGAAUGCAGGCAGUAGAUGGGCUCUGGAACAGGCUAAAUACAACAUAGUGAAUGAGUACGUGUUAGUCGGAGUAACUGAGGAGCUGGACGAUUUCAUCAUGAUUCUGGAGGCAGCACUCCCACGCUUCUUCAAGGGAGCCACAGACCUCUACAGAACAGGAAAGAAGUCCCAUCUGAGGAAAACUACUGAGAAGAAGCCCCCCGCCAAAGAGACUAUAGACAAGCUGCAGCAAUCAGACAUCUGGAAAAUGGAGAAUGAGUUAUAUGAGUUUGCACUUGAACAGUUUCAGUUUGUCCGUGGUCAUGCCGUCCGGGAAAAGGAUGGGGAACUUUAUGUUCUUUCUCAGAACUUCUUCUAUGAAAAGAUCUACCCUAAGGUAAAUUGA